UUUGAUGCCAACUGGAGGUGGCAAGAGUUUGACAUACCAGCUUCCUGCUCUUAUAUGUGAGGGUGUAACCUCGGUGAUAUCACCUCUUGUCUCGCUCAUUCAAGAUCAAAUUAUGCAUUCGCAUCAGGUAAAGAAGCAUCGGUACGACUUGGUGAAGCAUCACGGAGCUGGGAAACACCUUGAAAAGGGUGAAGCAUCCCGAGUUCUGCAUCAUCUCGUUACUGAGGAAUUUCUUGUGGAGAAAGUUAAGAAAAGUGAUUAUGGAUCCGUAUCAUCAGUGUUGAAGGUAAAUGAGUCCAAGUUCUACUAUCUUUGCCAUGGCGGAAAGAAAAUUAUUUUAAGGUUCCCGGCGUCCAUGAAAACAGCUAAACCUUUGGUAGCAAAAGAUCCACUUGCCUCUUCAGGGAAGACGAACAACCCACAGGAAAACGAAGCUGACAAGCCUCUUUCUGCCAAGAUCUUUGAUGCUUUGAUGUUGCUUCGAAGUGAUAUUUUGGAUACUGCUGCUGAAGGUGUUAAUGCUCACCACAUAUUCACGAGGCCUACAUUACAAAGGAUCAGCGAAAGAAUUCCCAAACAUGAGAAGAAUUUCUCGAGAUCAAUGGAAUAGGAAGGGUAAAACUAGCCAAAUAUGGUGACCGGGUACCGGAACUGAUCGAGCGUACAAUCAAGGACUUCUACAGUAAGGGCAAGAGACGUCGCACUGGUAGCGGUCAUAAUUCUGGAGCAAACCAGAGAAGUUUAACAGAAUAUUAUAGUUUAGACAAGAGAAGUAGCAGUAGCAGUAGUGGUGAUAGUGGUACUAGUUCUGAGGCAAGCAAGAGGAGAAGAACUUUGACUGGCACAAUCAAGUCAGGGUUCUAAAGUGGAAGAUGAUGGAUUCACCAGUAUACUUGAUUAUUGGAGAAAAUAGCAACAUCAGAUGAAGCUCUAUGAUUAUCCAACUUUGAUGACUUUAGUGCAGCGAAAUCUGUUCAAUGCAUCAAUCUAUUACCUUCGUGGUCAAAUUUGGGAGAUCAGUUGAUUAUGCACAAUGUCAGCAAGUUGUACGAGCGAUUCUCUUUCAAGGAAUACAUGUGUAUUUAAAGUGUAUGUGUUUGUACAACAGAAUACCACGUUGACGGUUCUGAAAGUUGUAAUCGCUGAAUUUCUUGUAUAGCUUUUUAUGGCAGUGAGUAAUACAACCCUGAUUUGGGGUUUAAAGUAA